AAACGUAAUAAAAAAAGUUGUUUUGUGAACUUUUUUGACAUGUAGGAAAUCGUGAGAAAUUCGUAUUUUAAUCAAAGUAGUGACUGUUACUUGAUGAAUUUAACUUUAUUUUAUUAGUUAUGUGUUAAUUUAAGUUUGCAACAAUAUGGCGUUUCUGUGUCCAGUUAGAAUUAGAAGGGGGAAGAAGAAGAAAUCAAGCAGCGGAGACUCAGACAAAGACCUCUCUCGUCCUGGCUCAGGGCUCAGCCCUGGCAUGGGGCGUAUCACAGGAUCGGCAAGCAUAGAGACCCUCGUCAGGGUCGGUAUUGAGAAGGAACAUGGACUCAGUCCCGAUUCCAAGAUGGUGGUGCUGCAUGACUUCGCUCCAUGCGUUGAUGAUGAGUUGGAGGUGAAACGCGGCCAGAUAGUCAACGUGCUUUACCGUGAAAACGACUGGGUGUAUGUCAUAGUGGCCGAGUCUCGUCGAGAAGGGUUCAUACCACACUCCUACUGCGCACCCUGUGAACAUCAUGAUCUGAAGAAGAAGCUGCCCAGGAGUCGGUCACCGGCUGAUAUGGCUCAUCGAGAUGUCAGCCACCUAUCAGUAUCGGACGGCGUCCCGACGGACGGGCAGUCGGAGCUGGGGUCGGAGGGCGAGGCGCUGCCCUUCAGCAAGGACGAGUCGGGCCGCUACGUCGUGCUCUACACCUUCUCCGCACGAGACGAGAACGACGUCGACGUCGAGCGGGGAGAGUUCGUUACUGUGCUAAACCGAGAGGACCCAGACUGGUACUGGAUUGUUCGCAGCGAUGGACAAGAGGGAUUCAUACCUUCUGGCUUUGUGUACCCUGCUGUUGUACAAGCAUCCCAACAAGAUACUCCACAGCCGAUCCUAUCGCCCCCCGCUACGAACAACUCGAUGCUGAACGGCAAGCUCAACGCGCAGACCGACAGCGACGGACGCUACCACGGGACCGAACUAGUCAUGCUCUAUGAUUAUAAGGCGCAGGCCCCGGACGACUUGUCGGUGAAGCGCGGCGAGUGGGUGUACGCCGACCUCACGCAGCAGACCGUGGAGGGCUGGCUGUGGGCGCAUGCCCCCAAGUGCCGCCGCUCCGGGUUCAUACCCACCGCCUACGCCCGGGCGCCGCAUACCACGGAGCUGUGAGGAGAGCUGCUGAAUAUGUGACCCAUCCCACAAAACUCCAAGAAAAUAUCAAGCUUCUCAGAAUACUUCCACUCUCAUAAACUCUCUCACUGCUUAAGCAACUGUUAAGACCCACAAAAUUGGUAGAAAAUAAACAUAAAAUGAAUCAUGGUCGGUAAAAGCCUACCUCGUAAAUUGCUACCUUUCAUAGCCAUAUAUCAUGACACUCAAGUGAUAAUUUUGAAAAAUAUUGUUAAAUAUAACUUGCCCAUUUUAUUCAAGCCUAUAAAAAAAAGGGGUCGUUAUUAUUGUUUUCCAUAAAAAUACCGUCGGUAUUCCUGCUCUUUCUGACCCUUCGAACAUACGAAGAACAGUCGGUUUCUAAACACUUUCUAACAGUGGCUUCACUUUUUCUAAACACUUAAAUUACAUUUUGUGGGAUAAAGCAUAGAAUUUUGGGAGAAUUGUCUGAAAUUGUGAAGAGCAAGCUUGCAAAUUCAUUAGGCAUCCCGUAUAGAACGUGUUUCAAUAAAAAUCUUAAAAUUAAAGAAAUCGGAACAA